AUGUUUGUUAAGCUCAUCCUCGCAGCUGCAGUGGUAGCGGUAGUCGUGGCACGUCCACAGGACGGUCCCCACCACGAGCACCACCACGCCUCCUCCUCACAGAGCAUCAAACAGUACCACGGGAAAGCUACUGAGAAACAUGUAGAGUACUAUUCUCAUCCCAAAUAUGAGUUUGCGUAUGAAGUUAAGGACCCGCACACCGGCGACCACAAGUCCCAGCACGAGGCGCGCGACGGUGACGUCGUGAAGGGCGUGUACAGUCUGCACGAGCCCGAUGGUACUGUAAGGAUUGUCGAGUACCAUGCUGAUAAAAAGACUGGGUUCAACGCUAAUGUCAAGUUUAUUGGUCACGCCAAGCACAUCGUUCCCGAACACCACUCCCACCACUAA